CACUGACAAGUGGCAUUAUUUGAAAAAUUGCUUUUACUUCGGCUGUGCGCUUUUGUUCCAACAAACAAUUUUAUUUAUCUCGUAAAUAUUAUAUUUUUGGUGUUGAAAUAAACAGUUUUAGUUUUGUUAUUUCGUAGUGCUGGUGAUAUAUUGUUUUUGUGGUCCAAGUGCAUCAUUUGAGUGUUCUUGGAAUCAGCUGACAUCCGAUCUUAUUCCAAUAGGGUGAUAAUGUUUUCUCACAGUCCGUGCCGAAUUCGCCUUUGAACCGCUACGCGAAGGACAUUGACAUUGGAUAUGGUAAACGAUACAAUGCCGUAACCAACAGUGCCAACCUACAACUAAGUGAUAUUAGUACUUAAAUAAGAUUUAACAUGGACCCAGGGUACUUCGAUACAGACCGGAAGCAGAAUCCGAGGGAGACCGCCAAUCUCAUAUCCAAAUCAUGCUUUUGGUACACCAGGUCUCUGUUCGUGAAAGGGCGUAAAGGUCAGCUGAGCAUAUCAGAUGUAUACAGAUGUACGCCAGGCCACAAAGCGGCACCGCGGGGAGACGCGCUGGCCGAAAAAUGGAAACAAGAACUCGAUAACCGGGAAAAAGGCAAGAAUCCGUCCCUACUGCGUGCUAUUAUUAAGAUAUACGGUCUUAAGUUUAUCAUAGGAAAUAUAUUGUUCGCAAUCGUUGAUGCUAGCAUAAGGCUAUCCAUUCCAAUGUGUCUUGAAGGAUUAAUAAACUAUUUUUCUCCGAACCACGCGGGCGUCAGCGCCACGUUAGCGUACUUUUACGCGGCGGGUGUAGUUGGGUUCAUGGCGAUAAAUGCAAGUAUGAUGCAUCCAAUGCUGCUGUGGUUAUUGGACAUGGCCAUGAAGAUACGGGUGGCUUGCUGUUCACUCAUAUACAGAAAGCUCCUUCGGUUAGAAACAAGCGAGAGCGGUCUCUCCGGCCGAGUGCUAACGCUCCUGACAUCCGACGCGCCUCGCUUCGACAUGGCCUGUCUAUUCAUGGUGGAUCUAGUUCGAACACCCAUAGAGAGCAUACUGAUCGUCUAUCUCAUGUAUAGACAAAUCGGGGUUGCGACGCUGGUAGGAGUCUCUUUCCUGCUAAUGUUCAUUCCUUUACAAGGUUACCUGGGCAAGAUAUCUAGUAAACUGCGUCGAAAAACUGCCAUGCGCACGGACAACAGGAUCAGACUCAUGAACGAAGUCAUUCAAAGUAUAGAAUCUAUCAAAAUGUAUGCCUGGGAGAACGCGUUCGCCAGGAUCAUUGGAGAGGCUAGGAAAAAAGAAAUGAGCGUAAUAAAAAAGAUGUCCUGGCUCCGCGCAGUAAUGAUAUCAUGCGUCAAACUCAACACUAAAGUCGCUAUUUUCCUCUCCAUAAUCUCCUUCCUCUCCUUCGACAACGAACUGACUGCCGCCAAAGUCUUCGUCAUAUUCUCUUACUACGAGAUUCUCAAGUACACGCUAGUGGACUUUCUGCCUCUUGCUAUCACUUUCACGCUCGAGGCUUACGUGAGUGUGAAGAGGAUGCAAGAGUUUCUGCUGCUGCCCGAAGUGGAUAACAAGGAUGGGGUGGAUCUGAUGAAGAUUGAGAAGGUGAAGGUCAAUGGGGUUUUUGAGAAGAUUGGGAACGGCCAACAAGCCUACAUCAAAUCGGACACAAACCUGGAAAAGCUAGCGAAGCCUCAGAUACUAGUGUCUAUGAAGAACUACACGGCGUACUGGAAAAACAGCGAGUCUGGGGACAGUGGGGAUACUAUGGAGAGAAAAACGCUCGCGCUUGGCGAUAUUAACCUAGUUAUUAAACCCGAAACCCUAACCACUAUAGUCGGAACAGUCGGGUCUGGCAAGUCGGCGCUCCUGCAGGCCAUCCUGCGUGAAUUACAGCCGAGCCAAGGGCAUCUAGAGGUCACGGGGGCCAUCGCGUACGCCGCUCAAGACCCCUGGCUCUUCGAGGCUUCUGUCCGUCAAAACAUCCUAUUCGGGCAGGAGAUGGACCUCAGACGGUACAAGCAGGUGAUCAAGUGUUGCCAGCUGAAGAGUGACCUGGAAAUACUGUCCCAUGGGGACAAGACCAUCGUCGGUGAACGAGGGGCGUCGCUAUCCGGCGGGCAGCGAGCGAGAAUAUCGCUAGCGAGGUGUGUGUACCAACACGCGGACGUGUACCUCUUGGACGACCCGUUAGCCGCCGUCGAUGCUAAAGUAGCCCAGGCCAUGUACGAGGAAUGUAUCCGCGGGUUCUUGAAGCACUCGGCGGUGGUGCUGGUCACUCAUCACGCUCACUACGCGCGCCACGCGGACAACGUGUGUGUCAUGCGCUCGGGGAAGAUCGUCGCACAAGGCACGUACCACGAGCUCCAAAAUGGCGUCCAGGAGUUCAACGCGCUCAUUGAAAUGGGAGAGAAGAUAGAAGAGAAGAAACAGAAGGACAAGGUCGUCUACGAGAAUCAGGAGAGUGUGGAACACAGUCACAAGCUUCGAUCUCAGCGGUCGAUGUCUGAGGCCUCUCAGUUGUCUUUCAACCUCGAUUUGGACAAUCAUUUGGACCCUACUUACGAAGGGGAAGCUCAGAACAAGGGUUCAGUAGACAACAGCGUAUACAUAUCUUACAUAAAGAGUGGCGGCAGCAAGUGGUCCAUGACCUUGAUGUUCACGUGUUUUCUACUGGCUCAAGUCUUUUACUCCUCUACUGACAUAUGGCUGAAAGAAUGGGUAAAUAUGGAGGAGGCGAACAGCGCAGCAACCGCGGCCGCCAAGAACCAAACAUCCCCCUCAGCAGCUCCAGCGUUCACUGAAGUGUCUGGCAACGUUUUCCAUCUAACGCGCAACCAGUGUGUGUACGUCUACGCGAGCCUCAUCGGGAUCUGCAUAUUUUUCACUUGGAACAAGCUGGUUCUGUUCUACAAUACUUGUAUUCGCGCGUCCAUCACACUGCAUGAUACUAUGUUCAGGGGCGUAACCAACGCACCAAUGUGGUUCUUCCAUCAUAACCCCUCCGGACGCAUCCUGAAUCGGUUCUCAAAAGACAUGGGGCAGGUUGAUACACUUUUGCCGGUGGCGCUGGUCGACUGUCUUGGGUUCUUCCUCGAAGUGGUAUCCAUCCUGGUGGUGGUGUGUUUGGUCAACUGGUGGUUGUUACUACCCACCGCCGUGGUCGCCGCCCUUCUGUUCCUGCUGAGGAGCCUGUUCCUCAGCACCAGUAGAGAGCUCAAGAGGAUUGAGGCCAUAGCUCGAAGUCAAUCGCUGAACCACACCACGGCCACAGUGGGCGGUCUGGCCACCAUCAGGUCGACCAAGGAAACUCAGAUCACCCUAGCGAGAGAAUUCGACAAGUUACAGGACCUCCACAGCUCUUCCUGGACCCUGGUCCUCAACACGAACAGAGCCUUCGGUUUCUGGAUGGACAUGGUCUGCUGUCUCUACCUCGCGUUCGUCACCUUCAGCUUCUUCCUGUUCAGCGACGAUACUAUCGGAGGGAACGUCGGACUGGCUAUAACGCAGGUGAUCGGACUAGUGGGCAUGUGUCAGUAUGGGAUGCGACAGACCGCUGAAGUCGAGAACCAGAUGACGUCGGUGGAGAGAAUGCUAGAAUACACAAACCUACAGCCGGAGAAGCCGGUGGAAACCGACACUAAAGCUCUGAAGUCCAACCAUCCCACCUUAAACUUCGAGCAGUGGCCAGAAAAAGGUGAAAUCGCAUUCGAAGACGUAUCCCUCGAAUACGAGAAACCGCCCAAAAAGGAGGAACCACAGAAGCCCCACAAAAAGCAGAAAGACGUCGAAGCCCCCAAAGUGGUGGAGGCGAAAGAUCUCCCCACUUACGCUAUAAAGGGGGUCACAUUUGUGGUGAGGCCCGCUGAGAAAGUUGCUGUGGUUGGCAGGACCGGAGCUGGCAAGAGCUCGCUCAUACAGGCGCUGUUCAGGCUAGGUAAAACAUCGGGCAAGAUAUCCGUGGACGGAGUGACCCCGGAGGAAGCAGGGCUGCGCGCGUGGCGGCAGAGACUCGUCGCGUUACCGCAGCGGCCCGCGCUGUUCGCCGGCCCGCUGAGGGACAACCUGGACCCGCAGCAUAUAUAUACUGAUGCUGAGAUAUACAACGCACUGCACGAGGUGGAACUAAUGGAAAUGAUAAACAACCUGCCGGCGGGGUUGUCGACGAUGGUGGGGGACGGGGGGGGCAACUUCUCCGCCGGGCAGCGCCAGCUCGUGUGCCUCGCGCGCGCCGCGCUAGCGAGGUGCCGCGUGCUCGUGCUGGACGAGGCCACCGCCAAUGUGGACACCGAAACUGACAAGCAGAUCCAGAACACGAUUCGGAGCAAAUUCGCGCAUUCUACCGUGCUGACUAUCGCGCAUAGACUCAACACUGUCAUGGAUUACGAUAGAGUCAUUGUCAUGGACCGAGGUCGCGUAGUGGAGUCUGGUCACCCGUUCGAAUUGUUAACUCAGCAGAGCGGACGCGACGCGCCGAGGCGAUCGCUGCUUUCCAAAAGCCAGGUCCAAGCCCCGCUAGCGAUUCCCGAGAACUUCACGUUCGACCCGUCGGUGGAGCGCGAACUCGAUAACGAGACACUCGUCGUGUCCCGAGACAGGGCUAGGACCUACUCCAACAGGUCUGAACUGAGCGAUGUGGACGGAGGCAUCUUCAAGUCUCUCGUGGAGCAGACUGGACGCGACACGGCCGCCAUGUUAUACCAGAUGGCUGAGGAGAGCUACAACCGAAUGCUGGCGAGGAAAAGCAAAGUCGAAUGAGGCUUUUUUGUUACCUACAUAACCCGUUAUUCAUUUUCUCCGGAUCUCAAAAAAAUAUGGUGCUCGAAUCAUUGAUCAGCUGUUCUCGAAAAGUUUCUACAAAAAUUAAGGAAAAAGUUAAAUUUGUUUUUAUUAUUCCUAUUUUGUUACCAAGUUUUUUUUAAUGAAUUGAGAUUUUAGUAAGUUUUAUUUCGUCAUUAAGGUUCUCCAGUAUCUAUAUU